AUGGAUACUACUUCUCCGCCCACUGAUGGGCUACAGCCCAAAAAUGCAGACACCGGGCAGCCCCAGAAAACUGCUGUUGUCAAGAAAGAAGAGAGCCCCGAUGACGAUGAAUGCAUACUGAUGUCCGUCGCUCCAUGUCCUGGAAAGGAAAAAUCGAAAGUGGUCAUUUGUCUUGAUAGUGAUGAAGAAGAAGAUCAUAUCAAGAAGGAACCUGAGGCGUCCGACCAACAGACAACUACAGUUGGUAUGGCACCGAGGCCAAUCAAGCAAGAGAGUGCAGAUGAUAAAGGUGCUCUGAAAGCUGCUCUCCUCAGAGAGAACGCAAUGACAACCGAGAGUGUCCUUGAUACGAUUGUUGUCGCACCGGAGGCUGACGACAGCGACGAUGCGGAAACAGUUGUUGAAGACAACGAAGAUUCGGAGAAUAUCGCCGAAGAAAAAGGUGAUGAAGACUACAUUCUUUCUGAGGAUUCGGACGACGACAAAGAUGAUCGCGCCCAAGCUCGAAAUCUUGUGCGUCAGAAAAAACUACGGAAACUGGAAACUGAACAAUUGGACCUGCUCGUCAAACAAAAUGAAGGCGAAGAGUUGGACUCUGAUGAAUGCGGAAGAUUGAAAGAACUGAAAGAGGAGAUCGCAAAGACAAGAAUCGCAAUUCAAAAGUUCUUGGAUUCGAGGAAGACUCAUGCAAAGACCGCACGAGAAUUCUGGCAGCGGCAGUUGAGACUGGAACUUGAGGAAGAAGCAAGAAAGCGCAAACGCGAUGAGGAGGAGCAGGGAUCAAACAAAGUCCAAAAGACAGCGGGUAAAACCAAUCCUGGUGGCAGUUCCGGACAGGAUGCCCCCAAUGCGGUAGCAUCUUUGUUCACCAUAAACAACACCCAGGAGGUCGAUAUCGACGACAGUGCCCCGAGUAUGGACGAGAUUAAAGCAACCACCCACGCCUCCCAGAUGCGACAAAUUCUCGCGGGAAUGCCAGAAGAUGGCGACACAAGACAUACGGCUAGCCAGAAAAAAGACCUUAUCACUGCCAAAAGAUGUUUUGGGUACAAAAAGGUUAAAGCAGUCAAUGGGAGAUGGAAGCUUAACGGACUGAAAACUCCUCUGACGAGCGGCCAGAUCGUUGGUGCUUCUUGGUUCGUUAGACGUGAAGCUAUGGACCUACACCCAGCGGGUGGUAUCCUGGCUGAUGAGAUGGGUGUGGGAAAGACACUCACUUCUCUUGCUGCCAUUGUCGCACAUCCUCCGGAGAAGGAGGAUAUAGACAAAUUUUGCAAAGCGACGCUCAUCAUUGCUGACGGCCCUCAUUCUGCUGAAUCGACUUGGCUUGAGCAGAUUAACGAACAUUGUGAAGACAGAAUUGCCGAGAAGUCCAUGAUUUAUUCCAAGAGUCUUGGGAAAAACCCAGGGUGGUGGAGCAAAAGACAAGUGGUCAUUACACAUAUUGAUCACUUGCGCUCACAGUAUCCCAGCAAAAGUCAACAAAAACUGCUGAGAGGGCAAUGGGCAGGAGAUGACGGCGGGUACCAAAGGGCCUUGUUUCGCAAACUCGGCCCUCUUCUCAAGAUCAAAUGGUACAGAGUCGUUCUAGACGAAGCUCAUAGUAUCAAGAACCACAGAUCGUCUAAUACUCUCGCAGCCUGGCAAAUUCAGGCCAAGUACCGCUGGGCGUUGACCGGUACUCCAUUGACUAACAAGUUAGAAGAAUUCUACCCAUACUUGAAGUUCAUUGGAUGUGACUUUGCAACAUCUAUGCGAAAGUUCCGCAACGAGUAUGUGAAAAGUGAAGAUGCAAGUGAGAACUUUGCGACGCUGGCGAGCAUCGUUAUGCUCAGGAGAAAGCAAACGGACAAGUUCAUGGGCCGUAUCAUGGUUCCCCUUCCAAAGAGCCAUCGAAGCGAUCUAUGGGUCCCCCUUUCAGGAUGGGAGGAGAUCAUAAGACAAGUCGUUAAUUCCACCUACGAAAAAAAGCUUACAGACGAACAAGUCGAAAAAUGCAAGGGGAGUGAGGCCAAUGGACAUCAAGACGCUCAAGCAUCCAAGAAUGGACACGAGUCGGACGAGGGAAGCGAAGCUGGGAUUGAAGAGGAUGAGGGUGGGACCAAUUUCAGAGUCCAAAACACCCGAAGCUUCAGGCUGGCUCAGUUGACUUCCCAUCCACUGAAUCUUGAGGUGUUCUUUCGCGAGAAGGAUCGCGAGAAGGACAUUCGACCAAUCCUCGACAGGUUUACAUCAGAGCUAAGCUCUACGACAAACAGAAAAGACCGAUGGGCGCUUAAAGAUGCUCUUGGAGAGACAUACUUACCAGGAUUGCAACAACUUGAAGCAGCAAUCAAGAACACAUUCGGAGGUGCCAAAGACAUGGCCAAGCUAUUGGAUAUGGCACUCAAGGAGCAAACGCUCAAGGAUGUCACUUGUCGGAUCUGUGACGCAAGCCCUCCUAUCAAUCCUGUCCAGUGCUUGAACUGCGAACACAUUUACUGCGACCGGUGUCUCACGUCCACUAUUGGGAAACCAAAGGAUAAACGUCGCCUUACCUGUCGUCAUACCGGUUGCUCUAAGAAGAUGGCCAGAGGAGAGCGCAUCAUAACACCGGAUUGUGUUGAUGAUGCAGUCAAAGGGUUAAAGGGUUUCAAAGAGGCUGGGCGCGACAGCAUUGGAACCAAAUGGCACGGCCAUAAGAACGAGCGGUUCUCGUUUUUCCGUGCAACCAGUGGCCGUAAGGAUCUUGGCUUUGAUCCCAUCAAGAUGCCUCUAGGUGCUAAGCUGAAGGCCGCGAUGUCCGUUCUUUUGACCUGGAAGAAAGAAGCACCGGAAGACAAGAUCAUUAUUUACAUUCGAUGGACAAGAUCAGCGAAAGCCCUGGGGUGUAUUCUCGAAAAGAUGGCACUCCCUUUUGUCUAUUACAACCGAAUGGCGACUAAGCUACAGAAGACUCGCGCAAUGCAUGACUUUUUGAACAACCCGAGCACGAAAAUUCUGAUCGCAUCCAUGAAGUGCGGUGGCCAGUCCUUCAAUCUUCAGGUCGCCAACCGAGUGCUAAUUUUUGAUGAGUGGUGGAACGACGCGGUAGAGGAGCAGGCGUUUCGACGUGUCCAUCGAACUGGACAGACCAAGGAGACACACCUUGUGCGUAUCAUGGCCACAAAAUCCAUCGAUGAACGUAUCAUUUUGCUGCAAGAGACGAAGAGGGAGAUCAUCGCUGCUGCUCUCCAAGAUGGAGAACUCGUUCCUCACUUCAGCAGCGAGCUACAACUUCGCAUGCUAUUCUCCAGUAAGGACAAGGCGUCUUUGGUCGAGGACAUGAACAAGGAGGCUCGCAAGACAAACAAGGGUAAGGGGAAGGCAGUCAAAGAAUGA